UUUCCUCCUCCCACCCACUCGGCCGCUCCCUAUAUAAACACACCCACGUCCGCGGCGCUUCCAUCCUCACCAGUCCACCACCAUCCGGCGAGAGAGGAGAGCAAAGGCGAGAGCGAGCAGCCUCCAACCGGCGGCAAGGAUGCAGAUCUUCGUGAAGACGCCGACGGGGAAGACCAUCACGGUGGAGGUGGAGAGCGGCGGCGCCGUCGACAGCCUCAAGGCCAAGAUCCACGAGAAGGAAGGUAUCCAGCCGGACCAGCAGCGCCUCAUCUUCGCGGGGAAGCAGCUCGGCGACGGCCGCACCCUGGCCGACUACAACGUCAAGAAGGAGUCCACGCUUCACCUCGUGCUGGGCCUCGCCGGCGGGGACAAGGGCUCCUGCUACCCGCCCAAGAUGGAGCCUAACCUGCUCGCGCUCGCGCUCAAGUACAGGCAGCACAGGCUUGUGUGCCGCAAGUGCUAUGCACGCCUGCCCCUCAGGUCUGCCAACUGCCGCAAGAAGAAGUGCGGCCACAGCAAUGAGAUCAGGCCCAAGGAGAAGCUGCGCUACCACUGAAGCAUUGGAAACUUGACCCUGGGAGACAUGCCAUAGCUGGAUUAACUGGGAGUUCAAAGUUUGGUUGGAGUCUUAUUAGUUUCUUGGAUAUGAAGUUUCAUCCUAGUUAAAUGUUGCUUCUGUAAUCUAGAACCCUGAAAGAUGCUGCUAGUACGUUGCUCUUGUAUUAGUUUCUGCCCUGGCACUGUGCAAUCUGCUCUUGCAUGAAUUAAUGGUGAAAUAAAGUAUUCGAGGUCUACUUGCAUGAAUGAUCAAGUCAAGUAGUGCUCUUGCUUUCCUA